CACACACCCUCUCUCUCUCUCUCUCUCUCUCUCACACACACACACACACACACACGCGGGCGCGCGCGCGCCCGCACACACACUUGUGUGCGUAAAGCCAGCCACGAAUACUUAUAACGGAACCGGACUACUAACACAAUAAACGCGACCCCCCCUCUCCCCCCUCCUAAAAAAAAAUAUGCCGGAACGUGUGAGCAUCGAAGCUGGACUUUUCAAGGAUCUGAAGUGCUAGUACUUGAAUUAUGUCAUCCCGGUGUCUUCAAUCCGUCCUGGUCUUCCGUGAACAUUGCUGAAUAACGGGCUAUAAACUGCUAUAGCGGAGUGAGCCAGGGCAGCGCGAGCGGCCGUGACUAUGGGACACUGAUAGAAAGGCGCGCGUCGUCUGUUCUGGGUGCGAGAAGAGUUGUGCAGUUCUGUGAAACAUGGCAGCGGCGAUCGCGAGCGGGUUGAUCCGGCAGAAGCGGCAGGCGCGGGAGCAGCAUUUAGACCGACCCUCCACUAACCGGAGGAGGAAGAGCCCGAACAAGAGCAAAGGACUCUGUAACGGAAACCUCGUCGACAUCUUCGCCAAAGUACGAAUUUUCGGCCUCAGGAAGCGGAGACUACGGCGGCAAGAUCCCCAGCUCAAGGGUAUAGUGACCAGGUUAUAUUGCAGGCAGGGAUACUACUUGCAAAUGAACGCAGAUGGAUCUCUUGAUGGGACCAAGGAUGACAGCAGUAAUUCUUCGUUGUUCAAUCUCAUACCUGUGGGCCUCCGAGUUGUUGCUAUUCAGUCCGUGAAGACAGGGUUAUACAUCGCCAUGAAUGGAGAAGGCCAUCUGUAUACAUCAGAACUCUUUACAGCCGAAUGCAAGUUCAAAGAGUCCGUGUUUGAGAACUACUAUGUGAUCUACUCGUCCAUGUUGUACAGGCAGCAGGAGUCAGGGAGAGCCUGGUUUCUGGGUCUCAAUAAAGAGGGCCAGGCAAUGAAAGGCAACCGAGUGAAGAAAACCAAACCAGCUGCUCACUUCCUGCCCAAGCCAUUAGAAGUCGCAAUGUACCGAGAGCCAUCAUUGCACGAUGUGGGAGAGACCUUACCCAAAACCGCUGCACCUCCUGCUAAAAGCACAAGCGAGCCGGUCGUGAUGAACGGAGGCAAGCCCGUCAGCAAGGAGGCGAGCAAGCCCAGCACAUAGCCCAGCCUCGGCUCAGAGAGAGAAAGAUGCUCUCCUUCUCUCUUCUACGGACCUGGUCCAGACGAGCCCCUCUCCUCCUCUCCUCCUUUUCUGCUCUCCUCUGAC